AUGUGGAACAAUAGCUUAUCCCGGAAUCCAUUAGACGGGGGCACUGAGGCAGUCCACAUUAAUAUCACACACGCGCUCCCUGCCUUCUCGGUGUGUAUAAACAGCUGCCUUGUGUUUGACUUGUAUUGCAGCGAGCCGUUUAUCAUAUUCUCCGGCGGCUUGUCCUACGAUAAGGCCAGCAGAAGACCGAGCCUGACCAUCAUGCACGGAAAGGCCAUCACCGUUCUGGAGAUGGAUCACCCCAUUGUGGACUUUUUAACCCUUUGUGAAACACCCUAUUCCAACGAAUUCCAGGAACCGUACGCCGUGGCUGUGCUGAUGGAGAGGGACCUUAUCGUGGUGGAUCUCACACAGAGCAAUUUUCCAAUCUUCGAGAACCCUCACUCCAUGGACAUCCAUGAGUCUCCUGUCACCUGUACGGAGUAUUUCGCGGACUGCCCCCCUGACCUCAUCCCAGUGCUCUAUUCGGUGGGAGCAAAGCACAAAAAACAAGGAUGCAGCAACAAGGAAUGGCCGAUAACGGGAGGAAUAUGGAACCUUGGAACUACAGCCUACCCAGAAAUGAUUGUUACAGGGCAUGCCGAUGGAUCAGUCAAAUUCUGGGAUGCUUCUGCCA